GGGGAGUCCUAGGACUUGUUCAGUUGUUGGGGGAGAACAUGCUAACACCUUUGGACACAGAAGAUACAUAUAUAUAUAUAAUAACUGGAGAUAUAUCAGAGGAAAGGCACCAAGAUUUAUGAGGAACAGGUGAAAAAAAAUCCAAUUAUGCACAUGUGAUUUUAUUUGGCUGACAACAGCAUUACAAUGUUGGCGUUUUUCUAUUCAGAUGGUUAAUACUCUAAGAAAAUUGUUAGAACGUCUACUGAAAUUAUUGAUGAGAUCUUCAAUAUUAGGUGUUUUUAGCAGAAGAACUGAUAAAAAUUAUUCCCUAAGGCUGGGAGAAGGUUCUGAUCGAGAUAAUUUUAGCUGGCUAUAUCUUCAGUUUGAAAUCCAAGUUAUGUCAAACUAAGACCCACCAUCUAUAGAGAUCUCGAACAGUCUUACCUUGUCAUUCCCUGUCAGAAAACCCAAUCUAUUUCUUAAGUCAAAAUUUCCCUACAAAAUCUGCUUAUAGGCCAUCCCAUGGCUGUUGCUUUUCUUUGGGUCAAUACAUCAGGUCCCUUAACACUUCCUAUACUCCCAUGUCACAUGGUAUCUCUCCUAACUCCACAAUGCUUCCUAACUCUACUUCUUCUCCUUAUAGCUAUUUAAGUUGUUGUUGUUUUUUUUUUUUUUUUUUUUUUUUUUCCUCUGAGGCAUUUGGAGUUAAAUGACUUGCUCAGGAUCACACAGUUAGGAAGUGUUAAGUGUCUGAGACCAAAUUUGAAUUCAGCUCCUUCAGACUACAGGGCUGGUACUAAAUCAUUUACUCUUUUAGAUUAACUUCCAGAAAUUUAGUCUGCCAGCUAAGGGCAUGCCUCAACUUCAUGGGGUGCUCCAUUUCUACUGGGUAAUUGUGGGUUUCACUAAGGAACUUGUUCCAUUUGCUCCCUCAUUCUAUUUCAUAUUUACUAUUUCCAGUGUCUAUUGUAUCCUUCCAUUUUGUCUGUAACCUCUUCCCCUAAAUAAAUUUACUUUUUGCCAGAGAAAAUGGCCAUUGUGAAUUCUUCACUUUACCGAACCCCAACUUUUGGUGCCUACCAUAAUCAGCUGUCUACACUGAUGGGAUAUAGUGGCCCUUAAGUCACUGCGCCUUGGCAGUGUCUAGUUCCACAACAAUGCUGGCUGUCAGAUAAUCUGUUGGUAAUAACAAAAUUUUUUGAGAUAAUGAGAUACAUAGCAAAUAACUCUUCAACUACACCUCUAAGACUACUCCUCAAUUUUACCUCUAAGCCAUAAAAUUAACACAUCAAUGAUCUGGAUAAAAGCCCUAUAAAUUUAUCCUCUUGAUCCUGGUUCUUUACUAAAUUUUUUUAGAAUUUAGCACAGCUUCAAUUGGCGUUACAAUAAACUUUGCCCCUUGACUUGGAGAUGUGUUCAAGCCUGGAAAUUCUUUUGAGUCACCUCGGGACACCAGUCUGCGAUCCCCAACCUUUUGGGGUUCCUUCUGAACCUCAACAUUACCCCACAUCAUUUUGGUGCUCAAACCACAUCAUUAUAAGGAAGUAUUAAAAUAUUUUGGGAGAAAAAGAGUGCUCUGUAAAAAUAACAGAACUCAAAACAUUUCCCUGAUGGAAUGUGGACAGUUACUUUUUUCUAAUACUAUUUUAACUUGCACUAUCUUUGGUUUAAAAGAUCAUUAGGUGAUCUCGACAAGGUGACGUUUCAAGGUUUGUACCUCCACUGAGGUGCUAACUAAGCAGUAAUUUCAAAGCAGAAACACAAGAAGGAGGUUUUAACAAAAAUCAGUCAAGUUAGGACGCUAGGAUCUUGCCAGUGGGUCGCGGAGCGGGUCAGGGUCGUAGCUUUUCCAGGCAUGACCUGAUCCCGGUUCUGGCGCGUGUACAGCUAGUCCCAAACACCGCGCGGAGGCGACAGCCACUGAGUUCGAGGUCCGCAGGUCAAUCCGGGUCUAACCCCUCCUUCCUCUCCCUGGGGGGAAGGGAGAGAAGAGGAGAAGGAAAAGGGGUGGGUCGAUAGCCAGUUGCACUAAGUAUAAAGAGCUCGGAAUCGGUGAUACCGACCGCUAAGGGCUUCCUACUCUGGCUCCUCCCUCCCCAGAUCUCGGCUCCGGCUCUACUCGACCUCUCGGGCCUCAGCUGCUUGGGGCUGCAGCAGGAAAAUGGCGGCUUCAGCGGGCAGUGAGGAAGCGAUUUUGGCAGCGGCUUUGGCUGAUGUUCCCGACUUGUGUCGACUCCUAGAGACUGACCCCGCUCUGAAGCCCUACGUCGCAGACUUCCAGCGGAGGUAUAAGCUCUUCACCCAGACUUUGAAAAACAUUGAAGAAUGUGAAGGUGGUAUUGAUGAAUUCUCUAAAGGCUAUGAAUCAUUUGGAGUACAUAGACAUGCUGACGGUGGUUUGUAUUGUAAGGAAUGGGCUCCAGGAGCAGAAGGAGUUUUUCUCACUGGAGAUUUUAAUGGUUGGAAUCCAUUUUCUUAUCCAUAUAAAAAACUUGAAUAUGGGAAAUGGGAACUCUACAUCCCACCCAAGGAUAAUAAAUCUUCAGUUGUGCCUCAUGGAUCAAAGUUAAAGGUGGUUAUAACUAGUAAAAGUGGAGAAAUCCUGUAUCGCAUUUCACCAUGGGCAAAAUAUGUGGUUCGUGAAGGUGAUAAUGUGAAUUAUGAUUGGAUGCAGUGGGACCCAGAAAAUCCUUAUCUGUUUAAGCAUUCUCGUCCCAGGAAGCCAAAGAGUCUAAGAAUCUAUGAAUCUCAUGUAGGAAUUUCUUCUUCUGAAGGAAAAAUAGCUUCAUAUAAACACUUUACAUGCAAUAUUCUACCUAGAAUUAAGGACCUUGGAUACAAUUGCAUUCAGUUGAUGGCUAUUAUGGAACAUGCUUAUUACGCUAGUUUUGGUUAUCAAGUGACAAGUUUUUUUGCAGCAUCAAGCCGUUAUGGCACUCCUGAUGAAUUGAAAGAAUUGGUUGACACUGCUCAUUCAAUGGGAAUCAUAGUUCUUUUGGAUGUAGUUCAUAGUCAUGCAUCAAAAAAUUCAGAGGAUGGUCUAAACAAAUUUGAUGGAACCGAUUCCUGUUAUUUUCAUUCUGGUCCUAGAGGAAAUCAUGAACUCUGGGAUAGUAGACUAUUUGCCUAUUCCAGAUGGGAAGUUUUAAGAUUCCUUCUUUCUAACCUGAGAUGGUGGCUAGAAGAAUAUAGAUUUGAUGGCUUCCGUUUUGAUGGCGUGACAUCCAUGCUUUAUCACCAUCAUGGAAUGGGUCAAGGCUUUUCAGGUGAUUACAAUGAAUAUUUUGGACUACAAGUAGAUGAAGAUUCUCUGGUUUAUCUUAUGCUGGCAAACUACUUGGUUCAUUCAGUUUAUCCAGACUGUAUAACAAUUGCUGAGGAUGUUUCAGGAAUGCCAGCUUUGUGCUGUCCUAUUACUCAGGGUGGAGGUGGCUUUGAUUAUCGAUUAGCCAUGGCAAUUCCAGAUAAAUGGAUCCAGAUACUUAAAGAAUUUAAAGAUGAAGACUGGAAUAUGGGAAACAUUGUGCAUACCCUCAUAAACAGGCGUUACCUUGAAAAGUGCAUUGCAUAUGCAGAAAGUCAUGAUCAGGCUCUUGUUGGUGAUAAAACCCUGGCAUUCUGGUUGAUGGAUGCAGAAAUGUAUACAAAUAUGAGUGUGCUGUCCCCUCUUACUCUAGUUAUUGAUCGUGGAAUACAGCUUCAUAAAAUGAUUCGUCUCAUCACUCAUGCGCUUGGAGGGGAAGGAUAUCUGAACUUUAUGGGUAAUGAAUUUGGCCACCCAGAAUGGUUGGACUUCCCAAGAAAAGGAAAUAAUGAGAGUUACCAUUAUGCUAGGAGACAGUUUCAUCUGACUGAUGAUGAACUCCUUCGCUAUAAAUUCCUCAAUAACUUUGACAAAGAUAUGAAUAAGAUGGAAGAACGAUUUGGUUGGCUUUCAGCACCUCAGGCCUUUGUGAGUGAAAAACACGAAGAAAAUAAGGUUAUUGCUUUUGAGAGAGCAAAUCUCCUUUUUCUCUUCAAUUUCCAUCCAGAAAAGAGUUUUACUGAUUAUAGAGUGGGAACAGCAUCAUCAGGAAAAUUCAAAAUUGUUCUGGAUACUGAUGAAAAGAAAUAUGGAGGACAUCAGAGAUUGGACCAUAAUACAGAUUUCAUUUCUGAACCUUUUGAACAUAAUGGCCGUCCUUAUUCUCUUUUGGUAUACAUUCCAAGCAGAGUGGGUCUUGUGCUUCAAAAUAUGGAUAUACCCAACUGAAGGCGACAAAAUUUGCCUGCAGCGGAUACAGAUUUUUAUUUUAUGUUCCUAUAUUUAGCCUCUUUUCAUUUUGUAGGCUUUAAAAAUGUGUGGCAAAAAAUAUUGGGAAUUGAAUAUUGAUAUGUACACAUGAAUAUUAAUUUUUUUAAAAAGACCUUUUCCAAAGCCAUAUAAGUAAACAAAUACAGAGAAAAAAUUGUCUUUUCAUUUCUUGUAUUUUUGUAGUAUAUUUUCAACCUGUAAGUGGCUACUAUUUUCAAGUUGAAUUUUACAUUUUAUAAAGUAAAGUGGACUUUCAUGCUGUUUUAAUUUAAAGAUUUGAUUUAUUUGUUAUAUGAUAUAAUCUUUUUUAAUGCACAGAGUAAGCAGAAUUUUUUUUAAUUGAACAAAUAGCAAUCUUAUUUAAGUUUUUGGAUAUUUGGCAAAGAAUAAUACUGUUACUGAAAAGGUAUCAUGAUUUUAUUAUAUUGGUGACAUUAUAAUAAUGUUAAGAAUUUUUUCAAAAGAUAACAUCAUAGGCUUUAUGUGUAAAGAAAAUUAUGUAUGAUUUUUGUAUAAUAAUUUCAUUUUAUUUACUUUCAUUCACAUAACAUUUUUGUGUGCCCUUCUGUUUUCCCAAGCCUUAUAAUAAUUGUGGCAUUCGGACCAUUUUAAUUUCCAUUAGUUAAUAAUAUUGUACAAAAAGCAAUGAUUUUUGAAAUUAAUGAAUGUCACAUUCAUUAAUUCUUUCCACUUUAUAUAAUGCUGUUUAAGGCCUUUAUUGGUUUUCAUUAGCAUAAUUAAUUCACGUUUUAAAAAAUGCUUCAUACCUAGUUUGAAGAAAAAUUUGCUGCUUCUUCAGUACUUUGGAAUGGGCUUCACAAAUGGGCUGCAACAUAACCUAUGAAGUAGGUUUCUGUGCCAUAGCCAAUAUAUCCAUAGUUUUCUUAAGUGUCACCAAUUCUCUGAAUAUAUUGUAAGAUAUAAUUUAGCCACAUAUUAGCAUUAUUUGUUUUUGUUUUUUGUUUUGUCCAGAAUCAUUUGUAAUUUACAGCAACUAUAUUGCAAUUUUCAUUUUUAAAGGAAACAUCCAGUACAAUUUGUUUUCUACUAACAAACUUUUGCAUUAACUAUCUUCCACAUACUAAGUUUUCUAUUGAAAAGUGUGGAAUGAAUAUUUAAGGUUUAUUUUGGAUUUCUGGAUCUUAAGUUCUUUUUAAAUAACUCAAAUAAUAAUUUGAAUGUAUUAGAAAGAUUAAAUGGUACUGGAUGAUAAUUUUGCAUGCAGGAAAAAUGAAAUGGAAAGUUUUUUUGUGAUGCAUUUUCCAUAAAAAGGAUUUAUGAAUGUCCUAACACUGUCAUAGUCUUCAUACUAUAACUAUUAAAGAUGAAGACACUGUCACAUUAAGUGUUUUCAAGUUUGUAUUACCCUACUGUUUCCAUUAUGCACAAAAGUAUUACCAGGUUAUUUACAUAUCAUGAUAGCAUUUUAAAAUAUGGAAUAUAGAAUUAUUAUUUUGAAUUGUUUUAUAGAUGUGGAAUUGUUAUUUUGAGAGUGUUAUAUUUUAUCAUAUUGAUUGAUUUUGCAAACAUAUUCUUUAGAUUUCACUGGUUUACAGUGAUGGUUUCACAAAAUAAUAUAAGGUAUUUGCCUUUGUCAAGUUUUUAUGCUUGAGGAACAAUAAAUGUAUGCUGCUAAAUAGGAACAAUAAAAAAUAUAUGCAAAUAAAUAAAAUAUAAAGAGUUUAAAAA